AAGAGACGAUAGAAACCUUCACUUCACUGCUGAUCUGUUCAGCGCGAGGUCUGACAUAAAAAGGACUGAAAUAGUUGAUGCGCUCUCGUUCAACACGUUUUCUGAAUAGACAACAAUGUUUUGGCUCAUUUCAUUAUCUCUUUUUGUUUGCAUUUCUCAUCAAAGCAAUGCGAAACCAGAGAAACACUCCCUCCACUACAAGUAUACAGUCCUGACCAAAGCAGGUCCAUUCCCAGUGUUCAGUGCUGUGGGUGAGUCUGAUCACAUACAGAUCGCUCGCUACCGAUCUGAAGAGCGAGUCUGGAUGAGAAAGAAUCUGACUGUAGACGCCUGGAACGAAGCUCCUGGAGCACCGGCUGAAACUAAUGAUGGGUAUCUAGAUCUGAUCAGGAUUCUGUCAAACUGCACUGAGUGUUCUGAGUUGCAUGUACUCCAGAGAAUAAGUGGCUGUGAGCUGGAGAAACUCCCUGAUGGAGCAGUGACGAGUCUGAAAGUAUUUGAUGAGUUUGCAUACGAUGGAAAGGACUUUAUUAGCUGUAAGUAUGACUUUUUCCCGUGGAUGGAUAAAGUCAUAGAAACCAAAAUGAAUCAUCAAACUGGACAAAACCCAUUUCUCAAGAAUUUCCUCAUAAACUGCACUAAGUGGAUCUCCACGUUUAACAACACAUAUAAGAAUUCACCAGAUGUUCAUGUGUUUGCGAGGAAAGCUCCUGAAGAUCACAGUAAGCUGGUUCUGAUCUGUCUGGUCACUGGUUUCUACCCCAGAGAUAUUGAGAUGAACAUCAGAUUGGACAGAACUGCACUUGGGAACCAAAUAUUUUCUGAAAUCAGACCCAAUGCUGAUGGAUCCUUUCAGCUCAGAUCCAGUGUGAAGAUCGACAGAAACCAUAAAGGAUCUUUUGACUGUUUUGUCAAUCACAGCAGCCUGACAAAACCAGUUUCAGUAGAAUGGGAUGGAAAAUGUCUUAACUGUGAUCCAGAUUCUCAGCAGGCUGUUACAGCAGGAGUAGCAGCAGCUGCAGCAGCGGUAGUUCUAGUUGUUCUCAUUGUGAUUGGUUACUGCAUCUGCAAAAAGAAAUCAUCAAAUGGUCUGUGAAGUUACCAGUGGGAAAUAUAAGAUGAGAAGUUAUGAUUUUCAUUUAUAUUUAAUCAUUUAGCAGACGCUUUUAUCCAAUGCAACUUACAAAUGAGGACAAUAGAAGCAAUCCAAACAACAAAAGAGCAAUAAUGUGUAAGUGCUGUGACAAGUCUCAGUCAGUCUAACACAGAAAAAGAAAACAAGUAGAUAGAAUAGAAAAAGAAUAGGGAACACUAGUGUUAGAGGGAUAAUUUGUAUUAUUAUUAUUAUUAUAUAUAUAGAGGAGAGCAUUAUUAAGAUGUUGACGCAUUAUAAUCAUCCUCCACACAUAUGUGUCUCCACAUCACGUUCACUGUCUGUCUUUGUGCAAAGAGAGCAGGAAAACUCAAAUCAAAAUUCAGUCCACGCUGCAGGUGCAUUAAUGUCAUGUGUUUUCAUCAAGGGCUCAGGAGUGAUGAACUGGGAUGUGAACAGGUUUAUGAGCACUGAUUAGAAAUUAAAUAUAUAUAUUUUUUUAAAUUUUGGUGCAUUCUGAAGAGAAAUAGUAUUCCUAAAUCCCAUUUUGCAAGAAAAAAAAAGUUUGUUUUUCACUGUAAUCAGAAUAUUGCAUGACAGACUUCACUUAUUAUCUUUCUUUAUGCUCAGUUGAAAUCUGACCUUUUUUCCAAA